GCUGCCAGGCGUGGCGGGUCGUCUACGGGGCGCCGGCACCCGAUGACCGAGGCGCCCCUUCCGUUCGAUCCGCCGGACGUCGAUGGCCCCGCUUUCUGAACAGUGCCUGGGUUGUUAACAGCGAUCCAUUAUCCCAUAUGCAAAGCGACAACUCAAGCCUUGUUUCGAGGCGGUCCAGACAGCCGCUGCUGUGCAGAAGCCAAGGUACCUACCAGCAGGAGCUGCCACCGGGAGCAGGCGUGGGCAAAAGAAUGGAGGCCCUCAACGUUACCAAUCCCAAGCCUCACACCAACAGCAGCGACAACCUUGUGUCCGUGCGGCAUGACGCGUUGUCGAGGCUCCUCAACAUCUUUCUGUCUGUGCACCUGCACUCGGGAGACAUCGAGCAGCCCGCCAAACGGUGGCUCGAGAAGGACCCAAACGACACGAUCCGACUGUUGGCGACGCUCAACGACUCGUCAUCCUCGAUAGCGCCGUGGUCCUCUUCUCCCUCCGCCAUCCCGGUAGAGUUCGGGGCGCCCGUGCAAGUAGCGACCGCAGCGCCCCGCGAGGAUGUCGAGUUGCUCCUGUCGGUGAUGCUGACCACCGCGUGCGUCUUCCUCUGCUUCCUCCUCCUGCUGACGGUCAAGUGCUGCGCCAAUCUGUGCUGCAUUGACUUACUCUACUGCAUCGCCCACUGCGGACGCCGACCACCCACAGUGAAGCCAGACCCAAAGUCUGCAGAGCCUGUCGUCCUACGAUUGCUGCCAGAUCGCGCUUCGUUGGAGCGGCUUCUGCGCGAAGAGGACAGCGCCAAGAAGAAGGCGGGCCCAUCACGCUUCGAAAAGAAGACGUUCUACUUGCACAGCGUGUGA